AUGACGGAACCAAAUCAAGGAAACGGAAUGACGGAUUCUACAACAAUAGUAAAGACGGUAAAACGACGUAAUAGAUGCUGUUGCAGUUUACUACACGUAACUACGGCUACAUUGCUUAUCGGUUGUUUGGAAUUAUGUUAUUUUUCAUAUGAGAUUUUUUCAACAGUACACUAUUUUAUCCAAACGGGUGAACAGUAUCUUCUUUCAUUAUCCAUAUCGCUAUUCGGUAUACUUCUUGCGCUCAUUGCUUCUGUCUUACUUUUUGUUGCCAUCAAGACAUCAACACCAUAUUUACUGGUACCACAUUUACUAAUGCAGGCUGCAGCAAUAUGUAUUCUAUUACUUAUUUGUUUAUUUUGUUUGUUUGCUCUAAUAGCUGGAACGAGCUUGGAUUUCAGGAUUGUUAAUGCUGAAGAUGGUGCCGCUAAUGAUUUGGCAUUAAUUAUGGCAGGCAAAUCAACCUAUGAGCUAAUUUACAUUUCUCGAGCAUUUGCUUUAAUCUUAUCAUUCAUUUGCAUAUUUCUGUUUUUGUUCGGUUUAGUGCAGAUAUGGAUGCUUAUUACUGUUUUUCGAUGUUUUUUCCAUUUGCAAGAAAAAGCCAUCUUAAAAACUCAAUGUAAAGCCAUAAAUAGGGUACGAAGCAGCAGUAAAAGGCAAAAUUGUACGGCUAACGAUGCGAAAAAUAACAAUUCUUUUUCAUUGGAAAUGAAUUCGACAAAAGUCAUCGGCGAAACUUAA